CCUAAGUAUAGGUUCUCUAUUAAUAAACGUAUUCGGCGAGAGUUAGAAAAAGUUGAACAAAAAAUAUGGGUUUGUGGAGGCGUUUCCCUAGAGUACCCUCAGUUAGCGACCUCAACAAUGUUGUUGCUUCCUCCGGGAGUAUGAUAGUGGUCUCCAACAGGCUGCCCUUCGUACUACAGAGAAACAAGGAGGGAAAGCUCAUACGCAAGGCGAGUGCUGGUGGUCUUGUGACAGCGGUAGCCCCUGUAGUCAUAAACUGUAAUGGAUUAUGGGUGGGAUGGCCUGGUAUACAUUUAGAGGAUCCAAAUGAGCCUAUUCCCGAAUCAGACCCUUCUGAUAUUACACCCACAGCUGGACUAAAGUCAGAAAAAGUAGUAGCAGUACAGAUCGAUCCAGCGAUUUUCGACUCGUACUACAAUGGAUGCUGCAACGCUACCUUCUGGCCCUUGUUCCAUUCGAUGCCUGACAGAGCCACCUUUAAGGGUGAGCAUUGGAAGUCCUAUGUAAGAGCAAACAAGGAAUUCGCAGAGUGCACCAUGAAAGCGUUGAAGUCUUUACCAAAAUCGACGACGGACAUCCCCUUAAUUUGGAUACAUGAUUAUCAUCUCAUGUUGGCCGCAAACUGGAUUAGGCAGGCAGCAGAAGACCUUGACAUCCCAUGCAAACUGGGCUUCUUUCUGCACAUUCCGUUUCCUCCAUGGGACAUUUUCAGACUGUUUCCCUGGUCUGAUGAAAUUCUGCAGGGCAUGCUUGGCUGUGACAUGAUCGGUUUCCACAUAACUGACUACUGCUUGAACUUCGUAGACUGCUGUCAAAGGAAUCUUGGUUGUCGUGUCGAUCGAAAGAACCUACUUGUUGAACAUGGUGGUAGAACUGUCCGAGUACGCCCGUUACCCAUUGGUAUACCAUUUGAGCGAUUUGUGGAGUUAGCAGAGAAGGCACCUAGACUGCUGUCCACCAACCAAAAAAUUAUUUUAGGUGUAGAUCGUUUAGACUACACAAAAGGACUAGUACAUAGGCUUAAGGCCUUUGAGAAAUUGCUUGAAAACCACCCUGAGCACUUAGAGAAAGUUUCUCUUCUACAAAUAUCAGUUCCUUCCCGUACUGAUGUGAAGGACUACCAAGAUCUCAAAGAAGAAAUGGAUCAAUUGGUUGGUAGGAUAAACGGACGAUUUACUACACCUAAUUGGUCUCCCAUUAGGUACAUUUAUGGAUGUGUCAGUCAAGGCGAGUUGGCAGCUUUCUAUCGUGAUGCUGCAGUGGGACUAGUCACCCCCUUACGUGACGGGAUGAAUUUAGUUGCGAAAGAAUUUGUCGCUUGUCAAAUCAACACUCCACCUGGUGUAUUAAUCGUGUCUCCUUUUGCUGGAGCGGGAGAGACUAUGCACGAAGCACUCAUCAGCAACCCUUAUGAAAUUGAUGAUGCGUCCGAGAUAAUUCACAGGGCACUUACCAUGCCUGAGGACGAAAGAAUUCUACGCAUGAACUACUUGAGGAGAAGAGAAAAGCUGAACGACGUGAAUUAUUGGACAAAGUCAUUUUUGUCGGCCAUGGGGUCGCUCUUAACUCAGGAAGAUCACGAUGAUAUAGGGUCCAUUACUAUGCCUGCUGUCACAUUGGAUGACUUCGAUGAGUACUUAGCAAAGUAUAUUGGAGAUACACUAAAACUGGCGCUUUUGCUAGAUUAUGACGGCACUUUGGCACCUAUUGCACCUCAUCCUAAUCUCGCUAUCAUCCCCGCCGAAACAAAGAACGUUCUUCAAAGGCUUUCCAAUCUUUCAGACUGUUACAUAGCUAUCGUCAGUGGAAGAAAUGUAAAUAAUGUUAAAGAAAUGGUGGGAAUUGAAGGCAUCACCUACGCGGGCAAUCACGGUUUAGAAAUCCUCCAUCCUGACGGCACCAAAUUUGUCCACCCGAUGCCAACGGAAUUUCACGACAAGGUAGGCGAGCUAAUGCGCCAACUUCAAGAAAAAGUAUGCAGGGACGGUGCGUGGGUCGAGAAUAAAGGAGCCCUGUUGACAUUUCACUUUAGGGAAGCUCCUGUCCACCUUCGGCCUGUAUUGGAAAAAGAAGCAAUCUCCAUGAUUGAGAAUGCCGGAUUCGCAGCAGUAAAAGCGCAUUGUGCAAUUGAAGCCAAACCACCGGUGCAGUGGAAUAAGGGUAGGGCUUCUAUAUAUAUCCUACGGACAGCUUUUGGGGUGGAUUGGUGCGAAAGGAUUAGGAUUAUAUAUGUAGGAGAUGACGCUACUGACGAAGAUGCUAUGAUGUCCCUGAAAGGUAUGGCUGCCACUUUUAGAGUAACAACCUCUCAAAUCACAAAGACAUCAGCCGAACGUCGUCUUCCCUCUACUGACUCAGUUCUUACCAUGUUGAAGUGGGUUGAGCGACAUUUAUCACGUAGGAAACCAACCCUCGAGUCGAAUUCGUACAGAAGGGGAUCCACCCAACUUGCAAGACAUGCCAUGCAAAUGGAGAUGUCUAUGGCAAACAAUAUAGAUACAUCUCCGACAGAUAAUCAAAUAAACUCCACUGAUUAGUUGUUUAGAUUAUAUGUAAUCAACGAUUGAAGUGGACCAGUAGGAGAAUCGUCAGCCAAUUUUAUAUCAAAUAAUUAUCAAUGUUAGUAAUAACACUAUCCAUGUCAAGUGUCAAAAUUAGGUAAUACAUUAUGUUUUCGUGUUGCUUUUCUCCAUUUAUAUAAUUUUGGCUGUAUGUUCAAAAUCACUCACAUAAUUUAUAGAAAAAAAUUAUAGCACAUUCUUAUUACAAGAAUAAAAAAAUAUUAAAUUAAUAAGCAAGUUAGCAUAAUAUCAAAUGAAGCAGUUGUCAUCAAUCGUUGAACGUGUAAAUAGAUACAUUUAUUUUUUUUAACUCAUAGACUGAUAUACAAUGAGCAGUGUCAAAGUAUUGCACAUGUAUAAUAUUUUUUUUAAAUCUUAUAUUUUAAUAAUAUAUUAUUUAUGUAACAAAAGUAAUCGUCAAGAUUGAACCUUACUCCCCCCCAAAUCAUUAAAUCUUUGACUAUCCAACUCACGCUGCUGGCUGUCCUGUUUAGGUAGCUUAUAUUUAUUUUGUUGAAAUGUAUCAGUUAAUAUCAGAAUUAAAUAAAUUUUUGCAUGGCUGUGUUAAAUGCUAGUGAAAUAUUUGAUUAUCCCUUUGUUGUCUUUUAUGUUCAAUAAUUUUAGUUAGCCCAACAAAUUAUUUGGCAAACAGAAACCAAAUGUAGACAUAAUUAAUAAACUGUUUAUUUUUGUCUGCUGAAAUUAAUUUGUGGCAAUGCCAGUUUUGUGAAUUCGAAAAUUUGGUAAAUAUUUCAUAAUUUUAUAACUAUUCCUUGACAAUAAACGCACUCCACAGUACCAUAAUUUUCAAUAAAGAAGUUCUCGUUCUAUGUUUUACUUAUGUUUUGAAAUUUUUUCUCAGAUUAAGGAUAAAUCGAAAAGUAAAUCAUUAAUUUUAUAAGCUAUGUUAUCAGUGUAUUAAAUGUAAAUAGUUUUAUUAUCAUUUGUUUAAAUUAAAAUAAGUUCGUAACUGCACUUAUAAAUUCUGCAAACUAUUCAGUUAUAUUAAAAUUUUCAAAAUUAUUUGGUGUACUGUGUCUGUUAUUAAAGUAUUUUUUCAAUAGUGAAGCACAAUGAUUUAUAAUACCUAAUAAACUUUUAAUUUUUUAAAUUCUAUACCACAACAAACAUUCAGUAGGUACCUACUCAAAAAGUAUCGUUAAAAGAACUACAUGUAAUACUUUAUUUUAACGUAUUUUAGGUUUAUAUGUUAAAUUAUAUUUUGUUAUUUCUAUCUAUCGUUGUCAAUCAUAAAUCAAAAUUGCCAAAAAAAAAAAAACUGAAUUAUUUAUACUGUAAAUUAAAUUAUUAUUAUUAAAAUAUUAAAUUAAGUAUUCAUAGCCAUAAUCAUAUUCUAAUUUUUGUAUAGCCGUAGACAGAAGUUCAAACAAUUUUUAUUUUGUAGAGCAACAAUUGUCACAUGUAUUAGGGAUUUUAAAAUAAAAAAUCUAACUCA